UAUUUUAUCAAAAAUUAAAAAGUUGAGCUUUUUUCAAAAAAAGAAAAACAAUGAUAAUCAUAAUUACCUGCGCGCGUAUGCGAUAAUCAUUAUUCAUGUCGCUGUGAUAAGCAAUGCCAAACGAGUUACGAAUUAAUGAGUGUUGAGUGAGGUAAUUAUCCACUUAUAGGUAGAAAAUAUUUAUUUUAUUUUAGAUACUCGCCGAUUGCAUGUGUUGCUAAGUUCGGAAAAGUUUGGAUGUAAUUCCUAUUCUCUUCAAUAAGUUGUAAUAUCUCAAUACCAAAAUGCUGAAUACCAUUCCGGAAGGAGUUUCUAACGUGGUCUUACAUACUGGAAACAUGCUUUACUAUACAGAUGUGACCAAACAAGUCAAUAUGCUGACCACUGAGCAGAUAGUGGAAGGAUUGAAAACUUCCAUCUCUUUGUUUGAUAAAUUACCAGCUGCUGAAAACGAUGUGUUGCAUUUGAAGCGAGCUAUGUUGAUCAAUCAGACAGAAGAAGAAAGAAAAAAUUUACAAACUAUGAUAAAAGUGUUUAUUACCUCGCCGGAUCUCAGCUCUUUACGAAGUGCUCUUCAGUAUACCAUCAAAGACGUCGGGAUCUCGUGCAUAGAUUCAGUAAUUUUAUCGUAUAUCAAUACAGUGAAUGACCAAAAAAACAUAUUGGAUGAUUACAUGGUCAUGUGGAAAAUUUUGGAAGAAUUUGUGCAAAAUGGAGAGGUCAUUAACUUGGGUAUUAGUGAUAUAGAAACUGACAUUUUUAUUCAGCUGUACGAAGCUGCUCAGGUGAAACCGAGUAUUAAUCAAAUUAAUUUAAAUGCUUGCUGCGUGGUACCCCAAGAUUUGCAAGAUUUUUGUAAAGGACGUGAUAUAAGAAUUCUUACCCACAACGAUCCACUUGAUAUUUUACCAGUGAACGAAUUGUUACCAUUAUUUCGUGUCAAAAAUGGCCAAAACGAAUCCGGAGAUGAAAAAAUUCUAUCCAGUGCUCAAGUUUCGUGGGUCACCAGAUUCCAAGCUCAUAUUAAAUGUCGUGGUAUAUUGGCAAGUAAAGGUUAUAUCGUAAAACUCAAAUUGGGCAAAUGAUCAUUAGGGCAGGUGGCAUUCCAAGACAUGCUUAGGUAAUUAAUAGAGCAUAAGUUGGGAAUGAGAAAUCAUAAUGAUCAUGUUAUGUACUAUCUUUAGUUACGUUCAAAUGUUGAAAUGCUCCAAGAUUAAGGGAAGUGAGAAAACCCUGAAGUUAUGCCCCAAGUAUAUUUUAGAAUGCUACUUGUAAUUUGAAUAAGUAAUUACUGAAUGAAAAAAGUAUUUGCUUUGUGUUAUUUUUCAUAUUUAUGUUACCUUGAAUUUUUUUCUAAACUGAUGCCAUAGAAUCGUUUAUUAUUCUUCGAAUAGUUUAUUCAUUCCUAUGAAAUAAUGGUUUUCUAAAAAAAAAAAAAAAAAUGCUCAAAUCUUUUUCUACGUUGCAUGAAGUGAUUUUAUAUUAUGUAAUUUUACAAUUUUAAGCAUUUUGACUUGACUGAAAUUCAAGAGUAUUUCCGAAAUUACACGUAUUUGAAUUUUACAUUAUUUUACCUUUUUUCUUUCAGUCCAGAAAAUUCAUUACGUAGAAAUUCGUCGAGUUUUUUUUAAGCUAAAAGCUGUAUAAAUUAAUUUUCAAAUCGAUGAUAAACUGUAAUUUUUUGUCCACAUUCAAUUUUUUAUUGCAGUUUUUACCAAAAUAUAAGUAGGUAUUAGUGAAAGGGUCGUAUUCUUUCAAACACAGUCCUAGAUUCCUCAACUUUUUGAUCAUUUUUCUUUACUUACCUGAUGGAAAAAAUAUUGAUGAAUCUAUGACUACAAAGAGUAGGUAUCAUCCCUUCGCUGAUUGAUACGAAAUAGUGAGAAUAUAACUUGAACCAGUGUAAUACCAUAGCUGUUUUCUUUUUUAAAAUUAUUAUUAUUAAGUUAUGAAAUAAGGGUUGUAUGUUUCGGUUUCUUUUCGUCCAUGGUAACGAUGAAAGAUAAUGAACGAUUCAAUCAUGUAUUUAUGGUGUUUUUAUACAUGUAGUGCGUUGAUUUGCUAAAGUAAUUAUUUAUGUAUUACGUGUUCUUAUAUUGCGUCUGUGUACUUCUUCGAUUAUUUUUCUUGAAUUAUUGGCAAUUUUCUACUUUAAUUUUCAAUUCAUACUGUUAUCUUUGCAAUAAACGUAUGCACGAACUA